CCUACUUCCCCGCUUCUCCACCGAGCUUUCCAAAUCCAAACCGUUUCCUUUUCCUUCCACCUGCUUUUCCUCCCUUUCCUCACAGUUUGCACUUUUUGCUUCGAAUUUUGACUCUUUUUUUUUUUGAAACUCAAGUGACUUAGGAAAUGAGUUUCAAGUGAUUGACCCUUUAAGCUCCUUUAGAGGAAAAAUUCUCCUUUCCUUCACCACCCCCAAGCCCCCGAAAAAAAAAAGUGCCAUGGAAGUAUUCCGCUGCUUAGUUUAGAGAUUGAGCAGCAGCAUAAGCAGCAACAGGAAAGGAUGGGAAGGUGGGUUGGCAUGAGAGAUUGGAGAUAUUUAAGCCAGGGUCAAAGGAGACCUCUCCAACAUUUGGAUUCCUCUUUGACAUUGAUGGUGUGUUUAUCCGUGGCCACAAAGUGAUCCCUGCUGCCUUGGAAGCUGCUCGAAAGCUGGUUGACUCACAUGGGCAUUUCAGAAUGCCAGUUGUCUUUGUCACUAAUGCUGGAAAUUGUGCACCACAUGUAAAAGCUCAGGAAUUAUCAGACCUCCUGGGUCUGCAGGUUGACCCAGAACAAGUAAUACUUUCCAGCAGUCCCUUGAAGUUCUUCUCAAAGUUCCAUAAUAAGCGAAUGCUGGUGUCGGGGCAGGGGCCUAUGGUGGACAAUGCCCGGAACUUGGGCUUCCAGAAUGUGGUUACUAUUGAGGAGUUGAGAUCUGCAUUUCCUGUACUUGACAUGGUUGAUCUUGAACGACGGCCAAAGACUAUGCCUCCCUUGACAUCUGACUUCCCCCCCAUAGAAGGGGUACUUCUCUUCGGAGAGCCAGUCCGCUGGGAGACAAAUCUCCAGCUCAUCAUGGAUGUCCUUCUCAGCAAUGGGAACCCUGGCACCGGGCUGGCAGUAGCCCCCUAUCCUCAUCUCCCUGUCCUUGCUAGCAACAUGGAUCUCCUUUGGAUGGCUGAAGCCAAGAUGCCCAGGUUUGGCCAUGGCACCUUUCUUCUCUGCCUGGAGAGCAUCUACCGAAAAGUGACGGGCAAGGAAUUGAAAUAUGCAGGUCUGAUGGGGAAGCCCACCCUCACUACUUACCAGUAUGCGGAAGUUCUGAUCAGGAAGCAGGCAGAGAGACGGGCUUGGGCCCCUAUCCGCAAACUCUAUGCCAUUGGUGAUAAUCCAGUGAGUGAUAUCUAUGGUGCCAACCUGUACAACCGCUACCUGCAGAAGAAUGGGAAGGGUCAAGUACAGGAGUCUUAUGAAGUCAUCGAGGAAAAGCAAGGACCACCGACUGCAGAGAGAUGCUUGUCCAUCCUAGUACGUAGUGGGGUAUAUAGCCCCUCUCGGGGACAGACAGACACUCCGUUCCAUGGACACCGAGACUUUGUUCUUGAUCCCAGCCUGUUAGAAGCUUCCCAUGUGGUGGAUGACAUAGAUAAGGCACUACAACUGAUUUUCUGUGAGGAGGGCUGGGACCAAGUAUAGGAGCUGUGGAAGCUGAGAAAGGAUAAGUAGGGUGGCCAAGGGGAAGAAGAAAAUGGGUCCAGGGAUUGGCAACUGUAGAUGGCUGGGGAGACCAGGAUGUCAUAGACCAUUCUCAGGGCCCAGUUACCCAACAACCACUCCUCCACUUUGGACCCCACAGAAAUAAUGAUGAUAUUGACUGCAAGGAAGAGACUUGACUUUUAGUCCUCUCAGGUACAGGCCAUAGGAAAAUAGGUUAGGCAGCAUCCUUAGUGGGAAAUCAGUAUUUCUAGUUCUGGUACUAACUGACAAUAUAUUAUCAUGACUGGUCCUUUCACCUUCUGUGCCUCAUUUUCAUCACAAAUUAAAUGGGACUAGAUGUCUCUACAAAAGAAGGAAGUGAAAAGUGAUGGUUUGUAGAAGGACUUUUGCCCUCAUCAAAGGAUGCUGUUGCAUGUGUCUAAAGCAGAACUAAUAUUCAGAGAAUGCUUUUUAGUAUAUUUUGAAUGGUGUCUAGGGGUCCUUGCACUGAUUUUUAAAAAUUAAAAAUACUGAAAUGAUAAUAAAUUUCCAUUAUACUAUCUAGUAAGAGAUUCUCUUUCUGGAUGAUGUAGCAAAAACUUAUUUGGGAGUAAGUUGUUAGGGAACUCAGGGGAAAGAUUUUUGUGAUAUUUUCCUCUCCAGAUAAUACUGUGACAAUUUUCCAAAGAAGAAUGUGUGUUUGUGUGUAUGCACGCAUGUGUGUGCAGGCACUUGGGUGCAUAUGAGCCUUUAUAUGACUUCUUUGCUCUCUUGCAAUGAUUAUUAUGUGUUAUUAAAUCUCUGUGUUAUAGUCUCUGUGUUAUAAUGAAUUAUCAGAAUUA